CCCAUAUUUCUAUGAGGAGUCAAGAGAGUAGAAAAGAAAAACCAGAGAAGUAACACAUUCGGCGGACUGCACAUUUCUCAAGCUACACUUGGAUUUAUAUAUGUUAAAUUCUCAAUAUAACGGCUAGUUUUAGUUUUUUUAGAUUGUUCUGAGCAAGAUUGACUUGGGUUCUCACUGUCUUCUCCAUCGGCGCCAUCAGUUACCAGCGAAAGUUUGAUACAUGGAUUUCAACACUGAUAUUGAACCGUGGGAAUGGCAAGGUGAUGAAUUCCAUCUCCAAAAGGAUUCCCAUUUCGAAAUCUCUAAUAGUCUAUGGGAUGAAGUAAACCAGAAUGAAGAAAGUCUCUCCUACAUGUUUGAUGAAACAACCCCAAUUAAAGCUUGCGGGGAUUUAGCAUUCCAUGUUACUGACAGUGGGAAAAAUAUGAACCAGGAACAGGAAGAGCAUAUGGAGUCUUCAUCGCAUUUAAAGAGGAGACGGAUGUUACAAUUCAACACAAGUACUAUGGAUCAUUUUUAUUGCAAUGAACAGAUCUCAUCUGCAUUUGUAAAAUCAAAGGAUAGGGAGAACCAAGUUGGAGCAGCUUUACCUAUAACUUCCGAUUGGGUUUCAGAACUCACAGAAGAUAGGGCUGCCUCUGGUAACGAGAGUCUGGAUCAGUCUUCUGAGGGGUGGCUUGUCAAUUGCUUCAACGACACUGAGAUGCAUUUUAGCUCGGAUGAUAUGAAUGUGCCUGGAGCCUCUGACGAGCAAAUUGACAUUACAGAGUUCUGCAAUUUCCCACCUGAGGUGGAAGUUAAUAUGGUACACGGCGGUGGCGGGUGUUCGACCCAAACUCCUAAAAGUGCUUUCAAAGGUAGGAAGUCUUUCAUUCGAACUCCCACAAAGAUGUCUUCUGCUGUUGCCUAUCCUUUUGCCCUCAUCAAGCCCUGUGGUGUCCAUGGAAAUGUUACUCUGAAGGACAUAAACCAGCGGAUUCAAACUCCACCUCCUUCAAAGACAAAGCAAAAUGAUGAUGAUGCCUCUGCUUCUUAUCCCACUUCAGCUUUUUCUGGGAAGCCUGUGGUUGUUAAAACCAAAAUCCACACUGAAGGAGGAAAAGGAAGUAUUACAAUCAUGAGAACCAAAGGCUGAGUAGAUAAGUUUAUCUUGCUUUGCUUUUUCUUGGUGACUCAGUGGCUCCUUCUCUAUAUCCAUUUUGUUUCUUGAGGUUGUAGAGGUUUUCUGUAUGAUUUUGUGAAUUCAUCAAGUGCAGAAGUUGGUGGCGAAGGGUCCAGUUGUUCUCCAUGGAAUUCAUUAACACAUCAAAGUGUUUAAGAUUCCUAAUGAGUUGUGAACAAUCCAACAGUUGAUACUUUUAUACAUGAAAACGCUGAUUUCAAGACUGGAGUAAGGAUGUUGAUGUGUUGUAGAUCCCCAAACCCCUCUUUUGGCUUUAAUAUAGUCUGUUAACUGCCGCCAUUUAUUUCUAUAAUGUGAAUAGUAUGUUUACUUGGUA